AUGAGCGACGAAUUAUUAAGUUUAAAUCUUGGUCAAUCUUAAAACACCGUUAAAGUCCACCCCAUAGUUCCCCUUUCUAUUUUAGAAUAUACCUAUCGUAACUACGGUUAAAAGGUUAUGGGAAGUCUUUUGGGUAUAGUUCAUUCUUCUUAUAUUGAAGUCACAAACUGUUAUGCUGUCCCUCAAGAAAAAUCUGAAAAGAGUGAAGAUUUCAAACUCGAUGCAAAUUAUCACAAUCUUAUGUACAAUCAUAACACUACCGUCUACCCCUAAGAAAGUCUUGUUGGUGCUUUUGUUAUUGAAUCUGCAAAUUUUGAAAAUGAUUUGAUUCACCUCACUAAUUUCUAUAGUUAAAAGGAUGUUGGUUUUGCUAGUCAACCUGGUUUGAGCUCUCCUAUCAUUCUUUCAAUUGACCCUAAGCUUAAGAGUGGAUCUUUUAAUCUUAAGGUAUUGUCUUAUGAUAAGUAAUUAGAUAUGUGCAAAUAUGCUAGUAUUUUGCCUUUUAAAAACAUUCCCGUUACCGUUGAAUUUAGUGAUGAAAAGCUCCACGAAAUUCCUCAAUUUAUCUAAACUUAAAGCUCAGAAUAAGUAAUUAAUACUCAAUUCUUACAAGUUGGUAGUGUCAAAGCUCUCCUAACUGAACUCCUUUCAAAUUUAUCUACUAUUUAAAAGAAGAUAUAGAAUAUUGUCGAUGGCAAGGCUGAAUCUGAUGAUAAUUUGGGCAAAUAAGUUAAGAAAUUGUUAAAUUUUGUUCCUACUAUUUCAUAAGAAGAUUUCGAAAAGGGUUUAUCCAAGGCUAAUCAAGAUGCCAUAUUAAUUAGCUUUGUUGCAAACUUAGCUAAGACCUAAUCUUUAAUUACAGAAAAGCUUAAUCAAAUUAGUAUUUAAUGA